AUGUCCUCGAGCCGGUCGUCAGCCUUCAAUACCCUGCGGAUGGGAGAGGUGAUCCGCGAAAAGGUCCAGGAUGGAAUAACUGGCGAGACAAGGGAGCUCCAGUAUACGCAAAGCAAGAUUGUGGGCAAUGGGUCUUUUGGCGUAGUUUUCCAAACAAAACUGUCGCCCUCUGGAGAGGAUGCCGCGAUCAAGCGCGUGCUCCAAGAUAAGCGCUUCAAGAACCGUGAGCUUCAGAUCAUGCGGAUCAAGGACGAAGUUUACCUCAACCUUGUUCAAGAAUUCGUCCCCGAGACUGUGUACAGGGCCUCACGAUUCUAUAACAAAAUGAAAACAACCAUGCCCAUCCUCGAGGUCAAGCUCUUCAUCUACCAACUCUUCCGCGCCCUCGCCUACAUCCACUCACAAGGCAUCUGCCACCGAGACAUUAAACCCCAAAACCUACUCUUGGACCCCACCUCUGGUAUCCUGAAGCUCUGUGACUUCGGUAGUGCGAAGAUACUAGUGGAAAACGAGCCCAACGUGUCGUACAUUUGCUCCAGAUACUACAGGGCGCCUGAACUGAUUUUCGGCGCCACCAACUACGCAACCAAGAUUGAUGUCUGGUCGACUGGUUGUGUGAUGGCGGAGUUGAUGCUGGGGCAGCCUCUAUUCCCUGGCGAGUCAGGAAUCGAUCAAUUAGUCGAGAUCAUCAAGGUCCUAGGCACGCCGACGAGGGAACAGAUCAGGACAAUGAACCCCAACUAUAUGGAGCACAAAUUCCCUCAGAUCAAACCCCACCCGUUCAACAAGGUUCUGAGGAAAGCUGACGCGAACGCGAUUGACCUCAUUGGCAAGCUGCUCGAGUAUACACCCACCGAGAGGUUGUCGGCGAUUGAAGCGAUGGUUCACCCCUUCUUUGACGAGUUGCGCGACCCCAAUACCAGAUUCCCCGACUUUAGACACCAGACAGGUCAGGUCCGAGACCUACCUCCGUUAUUCGAUUUCACCCGCCAUGGUAAUGCCCCUCUCUCCAAAUUCUAA